AACUGCGAGGCAAGAAGAAAAGCGCCUGGCGUACCAUGGACAACUUGACAAGUUUACAAUUGGUCGAAAUGGCCAAAAUCAGGUUGCGGAGCUUGAGAAGGUACCAAAGUCUGCUGCAAAUUGCCACCUUCAGCGUUGCUAGGAACCUCGAUUGCUAUGACGUCUACGUAGAUGACGACACGAUUAAAGACCCGAAAAAUCGUGCCUUGCACAUGCUUGUGUCUCGAUUAUCUCCAGAGAUGAGGGACAGAGUUCUGCAAGAACUGCUGAAACGGAUUAAGAGAUCGAAAGAGGACGAGGAAAAUGCAGCAAACUUUGACAAAGUCAUGAAAUUUUUACCUUUUCUGCUCAGCACGUCGACAAGAAAGCUAGAUCUGAUGGGUUUGUGCUCCAUCUGUCCCAACGAAUAUAUUCAAAACAAGAGUAAAAAGAUUUUGGAACAGGUGCUGAACUGGAUUGCUGAUUUAGCUCCAAACGUUGAAGAACUCAUGUUCAAAUGCUUCCGCUAUGUCUAUGAUCAUGGCUACUUUACCGAGCAAGAGAUGAAUGCGUUGGCCAAGUUACCGUACCUGAAAAAGCUGCAGGCUUGUAAAAUUCCAACGAACUGGAAUCAAUUGCUACAGCUGUGCAGAGCGUUGCCCAACCUACAAGUCCUGGACUGCUAUGCCUUUUGGACGACGUUUAAAGAGGACCGCCGGGUGGAUUUUGAGCAGGCAAAGACAGACCUGUGCCAUCUGAGAGUGCUCUCGUGCAAUUCAAGCUCGGUUGAUCGUUUGCUCAAGGAACAUUUCCCACACCUCGACGUCUUUUUUGAGCCGGAGAUUAGUUACCAUCUAAACCAGGGCCCCAGUUUUGAUUCGCUGCUGCAGUUAACGAAGCUCAACACACUGGUGCUGCAAAAUGUGAAUAACAGUUUAGUGGAACCCCUUUUUACCAAGCUCGGCAAAACCUUGCGCUCUCUUAGCCUACUCAACGAAUUGACAGACGACGGCUAUUUCGACGUGGAAGAUCGCGCUGAAUUUAUGAAAUUUGGUUACGAUAACGGCGAUGACCAUGCUGUUGAUAUAAAUCACCAUCAGCUCCCUGAGGAUGAUCAUCUCAUCCGCAUUGGCUUCAAACGCAUCUCCGAACUUUGCCCUGAAUUGAAGAAACUUGAGCUGUGCAAUAUUCAAGUGGAGGACCCCUGGGAGCCGUGCGCCCACGUGAAAUUUGCCAAACUCCGGAAGCUUACGUGGAAAUCGGGUCGAACAUGGAACUGGACACCUCUCAUGGCCUUUAUUUUGACGGCUGCUCCCAGCCUGCAGGAGGCUUAUAUUGAGACUGAGAAGUUUGAUGGGAAUGACCUGGAGGUGCUCAGGUCAUCGAUAUCCAAGCACGAGAUCUUGCAAGAGUUGAAAAAACUCCACAUUAACAUUCCUGAGAUCCCUUGCAAGAAUAGGCCCUUAAGAAAAAUCCAGUGCUUGAUGAAGGAGGCGUCUGUGUUUCUUCCAAAACUUGACGACCUCAGGUUCACUGUUUGUGGUGAUACUCAUGAAGACUGCUGUGAUGAUGAAAGCCUCGUCGACCUGCUUGACGCAUACCGUUCGUCCGACUGACCUGAAUUUUGAAUGAUAAUCUAUAGAAAAUUGAAAGAAUGAAUGGCUGUUAUUAGAUUAAGUCUGCAUAUUAAUUGAACGGCACACGUAUAC